GAUGGACAUAAUUUCAAGCCAUAUUAAGUUUUGAUCGAUGUGGUAUUACUCCUUUUUCGAGUGUACGUAGCUGGCUUCAACUAUGAUAUAUGAGACGUGAAGGAUAAGGCAGGAAAUCAUUUAACGUUAGACAUCAUUUAAGCUAGCAGCUCGGUUCACUGGCAGAUUGGUAAAAUCCAAAUAUCAACAAAAAUGUAAUUCCUUUAUAAACAUAGGUUUGUAUUAAAAUAACAACUCAAAAUAGCUUGAGCACCUAUGUGAGUAGACAUGCUGUCAGUUCCAAUCAGGUAUUAAUUCAUUUGUUACUGCUUAAAAGAAAGGGUUUUUAGAUUACAUAAAACUUUUUUUUAGAAUAAUAUAAUAUAAAUGAAUGAAUAUAAUUCAUUAACCAUGAUGCAAUCUUUCAAUGACUUAUACAUUUAGCUGUGUAAAUCACCACCGUACGUUUCUCUCCAAUUUUUUUCUUUCUCAGGAUGUUUUGCUUCAUAACUAAUCGCAUAAACAUGCAAUGUGUCUGGGAAACAUAUUUAGGAAAUGUUUCCCUGACAGCUAUUUGCUCCAAUUGCUUACUAAAAUUAAAAUAUAAUUCCCUUCAUAAUAAUGUCAAAUGGCUCUCUGAUUUGUGAAUGCAAAUAUAUUUAAAUUUAUUUUCAUAUUUUGUUUUAUUUUACUAUCUGAUUUUACUUUCCCAGUGCAAAUAUUAGGCUACUCUUUGUAUCUUUGUGUAAUUAUAAUUUCCAUUUAAGCUAUGUAUCUUUGUGUAAUGCUGAUUUCCAUUAAAGCUGGUGUAUACUGCAGAAAAGCUGUUUAAAUGGCUGUUUUUUUCCUCCUGCUGUGGCUAUCCAAAGUAAACUAAUAAAUAAAAUAACAGUUAUCUGUCUGUCUGACAGUAAUAUGACAGACUGAUCAGGAUUAUCAAAACGUCUACAAUGCUAAAUCUAUCAACACAAGGUAAUACAGAUGUAACAGCUAAACAAAAUAAUUUAAGAAAUACCAAAAGCAUUUCGUUUAGGCUACGAUAUCUCGAUGCAAAUACUGAAAAGGUAUGGCCGCGAUGCAACAAGUUUUCGUCGAUUAAUUUAGAAUUUCUCUUUUUACAUCGUCUGAUUGGCCUCAACAUUUUAAUUUCCGCGUUUUGAUUGGCUAAGCGUUUUACGUUUGCGUAUGACGUUUUGACGCGGCAAAUCUAGAGUCGACGUAGGAAGUGCGACGUAGGUAGUGACUUUAGCUUACAAAUAACAUGAAUAUGGUAACUAAUGUGGCGGCUUGCUUGUAAAUGGAAAACUCUGGCAGGUUGUUAGGUAUGGACAUUGAAGCAGACAUUAUCGAAUUUAAAGUGCCGAAUGAAAAUAAUAAGACACUGUUUGUCUGGGAUAUUCUCCCAACGCUUUCAGAGGCUUUCAUUUACGAGUCCAUUUGUGGUGUUUUCUCUGGGUUUGGUGCUCUCUACCUCGUGAAGGUGUGCCAGAAUGCUGCCGUGGCUGAACCGGGGUUCUAUGCCAUUGUGAAGUACUACUCUUCAGCGCAGGCUUCUAAAGCGCAGAGGACCACUGACGGGAAGAGCCUGUUUCAGGAAUCGCCCGUUAAAGUCAGAUUAUGUACUCGACAGAACCCUGCCUUUGCCAGUGAGACCAAGGCACUCAGUAAUCCCAAGUGUCAGGAAUUGGCCAAUCGCUACCUUGGGUUUAAUGGUUGGUCCAGUAAAAUUAUCACACUGCAGGAUCUCUCGGGCGGAGAUGGCGCGUGCACUGGUGCAGAGACCCAGGCGCUAACGCUGAAGUACGGCUGCAUUGUGGAGCUGACUUUCCCCCAGCACUGCCUCAGCUGCCGGGGAACGGGAGUGGCAGAGGAGUCCUUCCAGAGCCAUCCGGACCAUUUGGAGCUGUGUUUGACACGAGGAAAGCUUCAAAAACGGGCCAAAGACAAAGCCCUGGUGGAUGCCUUCAGGAAUGUUUUGCUGGUGUUAUUGAGUAAUGGGAAAGUAGCAGUUGAAUGCAGGUUUGAUCCAGACCAGGUCCUGCCAGUUGAAGAUUUGCAGGGCCUAAUCAAGGUGAACGACAUUUCCUGGAGUCAGUGUGCGGGUGCAGGAGAAGAGGACUUCCUGUCAGAUCUGUCUCUGAAUGCGUCCCACUGGUCUUGAGACAGCUGUGCAUCCUUCGUGAAACAGGAGGAAGGUACUGGCCUGGAGAGCACAUGCACGGUGUCUUAGCAAAGUGACUCAGUCUGAACACCUGCAGACGUUUAUCUCCACUGAGAAAAAGUCAGUACACUAGUGUUAUGUUCAAAUACAACAUACGUUUUUUUUUUUUUUAACACAUUCACUCGGCCAGUGUAAUUACAAAUAUGUGUUGAAUCCGUGUAAAGAGGAAAAAAAAAAUAGGUAAAUACAAUGGACGUUAGUGUUACUUGUUAUGUGUAGGUAUAAUUAAUUUCAUUUUAAUUUACUUUAAAAAAAUUUUAAUUUAAUUUAUUCAUUAUUUUAUUUUAUUUUUUUUAUUUUUUGGAAGGGCUGUACUGAGAUUGUAAGUGGUUUGUUGAGAUGAUUAAGCGUUCCGGCAGUUGCAGAAUGCAGAGCCAGACCACAGGCCUUUGGCAGCCUGUGUGUGCCUGUUUCGGCAGUGGUUGGGUGAUUCGCGUCAGGGUCCGUUGCGCUACUAAUAGCAGGAUGGGGAAUCGCGGUGGAAAACAGUGGUCUGCGGGGUAUUUCUUUCUUCUUCAUUUCUACACGUCUUGUUUCACUUUUCAAUCACUUUCACUUUCCAGUUUUCAUUAUAAGGUGGUUUCAUUUUUACCAUGAAAUAAAUAUUUCCAUUUCGACUUGA